UCGACUAUUGUAGUACACUGGCUACUAGUCAGUCUACUGCUUAUGUUUCGGAGCCGAAGCAAGCGGAGGUUUAAAGUAGGCUAUCCACUUACCGCUGUCACAGUUUAGUUUACGCCUGCUACGUUAGGUUAGGCUACUGUCAGAGACACACCUAAAGCAUGGAUGCUCUGAAAUCAGCCGGUAGAGCGAUUAUCAAGAGUCCCGGAGUUCCGCGGCACACAUGGGGCACCUCCAAGCACGAAAAGCUGCCAGAGAACUGGACAGACACCAAGGAGACCCUAUUGGAAGGGAUGGUUUUCCAGGUCAAGUACCUGGGGAUGACUCUGGUGGGACAGCCUAAAGGAGAGGACAUGGCUGCUGCUGCUAUACACAGGAUAGUCUCUACGGCCCGGGCCAGUGCUAAGAAGUUCCGUAAGGUGACCUUGACCAUCUCUCCUAAAGGAAUCAUCAUCACAGACACAGAGACACAGGACCUCAUAGAGAACGUUUCCAUAUACAGUCAUAGGCAUGCCCCCAGGGACCCAUACAGGACCAGGCGUCAUUUGACAAGGCUGUUCAAUGGGCACUAUAAAACACCCCCGGAUUUACAUUUCUUCAGACCAGGCCUACACUCCGUUGGCUAAUAGGUUUUACCUUCCAAUUCCUCUACUGAAGGUGAACCAUACCACGUGGUUAACUUUUAGACUAUUGAUACCGACAGAAUAAGAACAAGUCUUUGAUAUUAAUUAUUAGUCUGCAGCUAAGUAAAUUAUAUCAUUGAACGCGAAGACCAACGAAACAACCAUUCGAUGACGACAUUAAUGAAUGUCGCUCUGAAAGAUCCAUUCUAACCGAGAGAGAGAGAGAGAACGCGGACAAAACUCCCCAACAGAACUACUCUCCAACAAGAAUCAGAACGACACACUGAGCGUAAAUAUAUAUUGAUUGCAAUUGUUCCCGAAUGAGUGAGCCUUCAAUUGUCAAUUGUUAAUAUUAAUGAACCCUGUGUAACUUCUCAGCCGACCUUUUAUGAUCCAUUGUUCAACAGGCCGACCUGCCUGUUUAGCCAGUAGGGCACAUUACUAUAUCAGUCCUUUGUGACGAUAAUUACUGUUUGUAUGUUUUUCUGUUAAUUACUUAGUGUAGUAAAUAAAUGAUUAUAAGAC